AAGGAGGGCAGGAGUGAGGCAAGGCAGCCCAAGGGGUCUCCGGCUUGCAGGAAACACCAGGCAGAGCCAGCCUCUCUCCCCCACCCCGCCAUCAAGCCAACCGGGCUACCACCCAUGGCUACCGGCACGUUCCUCCUGCUUGCCACCUUGGCCUUGACUAUCUCGGCUGUGCCUUCCUUGAUGAGAGAGGCGGCCACCUCAAAAUCAUCCUGUAAGCCGCAGAUCCGAUACCGCAAGCCUUCCCUGGACACCCUUCCGUGGCCAGGGUAUUGGGUGCCCCUGAUGAUCAUCAUUGGGGGCUGCUGUGGCCUGGCCUGGUGCAUCCUCUACAUGACCUACAACAUCAGCCAAAGAGGAGAGGAGGAGUCGACGCAGCUUCCCAGCAAAGCGGAAGAGCCAGCCGUACCCUUGGAUGGCCAGAAAACCUGGAGCAGGACAUUAUUUCGAGCUGAUCCUGACGUUUCCAACAUGGGGACGGAGAACUCUCCCUGGGUGGAAGGCAUGGCCGGGAGUGAGAGGAUUGGGAGCUCGGACCGGCUGGAAAAGAAAUUCACCAACGAGGGGAUCGGGAGCUCUCCCUGGCUGGAAAGCAGGACAACCACCGGUGAGAGGAUCGGGAGCUCAGCCUCACUGGAAAAGAAAUUCACCAACGUGGGGAUCGGCAGCUCUCCCUGGCUGGAAAAUAACCUCGCCAGGGAGCCAGAGAGGAGCACCAUUCAACUGGAGCGGAAAGCCACCAGCAAAAGGACUGGGAUGUUUAGCCAGCCAUUGGAAAGUCCUGCCGUAGCCGAGAGGGUCGGGAGCUUUACCUACUUUGAGAAUAAUGCUCUGAGUGAGAGGAUCGGAAGCGCUGCUCUGCUGGAGAAUAACAUGGCAAGGGAGAGGAUGGGCGGCUCUUCUCCUUCUCAGGAGACAUGUCUCCCUGCCAGUGAGAGGAGCAGAAGCGUCCCUCAGCUGGAAAAUAAAAUCCCCACCCAAACAACCGAAGGGCCGGACUCUCUGGGGGCAUCUGGGCCACCUCCACAGUGGCCUGGCUGGGGCGAAGAAGCCAGCAGCGGCAACCUCUGGCGUUUCAUGGAGAAAGAGCUGGAGAGACUCCUGGGGGCCUUGCGCCUUCACCACUCCAGCACGCCAACCCCUCCGGAGGAGCCCCCCAAGCUACCGAACGAGGAGCCCCCCAAGCUACCGAACGAGGAGCCCCUCAAGCUACCGAACGAGGAGCUCCCAGUGCCCCCUUCUCCAGCUACAGAGGCACCACGUCCUCCUCCAGCUACAGAGGCACCAAAUCCUCAGGCCAAGGCAGCAUCUAGCUCCCUGGAAAGCCAGGAGAAUCAGCCCUGGAUGCUGUUUAUCAUCCACGAGACCAAACUGGCUGAGGGGAUAGAGAUGACCCAAGACUUCCGGCUGCCUGAGGCCAAGGACAAGCCCAGCGCCCUCCCAUCCCCCGCUCCAUGUACGGAAAGGGAGUCGGACCUCAUUUCGAG